AUGUUUUAGUUGAUUUGUAAGUGUCAAACACACAAAGUAGUAACAGUCUCCAAAUUGUUUACUCGUUUCUAACACAAAAACUCUGCAAGAAAAGUGAUUUUUCCUUUUUUCACAUUAAAAUAAAAAAUGUCGGACAACAAGCUCUACGAUGUUCUAGGUGUAAGCCGAAAUGCAACCGAUAGCGAAAUAAAAAAGAACUAUCGUAAGCUUGCCAAAGAAUUUCAUCCGGAUAAGAACCCGGAAGCAGGCGAUAAAUUCAAAGAAAUAUCGUUUGCCUAUGAAGUUCUGUCUGACCCAGAGAAACGUGCGACAUACGAUCGAUAUGGUUUGAAGGGAUUGCAGGAUGGCGGUGAUUCGGCAGCCGAUGACUUUUUUGGUCGUAUGUUUGGUGGUUUCUUCGGUGGAAUGGGCGGCAUGGGCGGUAUGGGUGGCAUGGGUGGCCAUUCAGCUCGCAAACCCAAUCCAGAAGUCCAACAACAAACUGUCACACUCGAGCAGCUGUACAACGGAAAUGUAGUGAUACCAGUCGAAGUGAAACGCCUGCAAAAGAUCUGCAAAACCUGCGAUGGCCGCGGUGGAAAGGCUGGCUCAGCAAAAAAAUGUAGCACAUGCCAAGGCAGUGGAACUAAGGUGACAAUUCAACAGCUUGGCCCUGGAAUCGCCCGACAAAUCCAUGCACGUUGCCCUGACUGCAGUGGCAAAGGUGAAUCGUUCUCAGAUAGCGAUCGUUGCAAACAAUGCAAAGGCCAACGGGUGGUGUCUGAAGACAAAACGUUCGAGGUGCAUAUCGAUAAAGGCAUGAAACAUGGCCAAAAGAUUACAUUCAAGGGCGAAGGAAAUCAAAUUGCUGAUUGCAAAGAUGCUGGUGAUGUAGUCGUUGUAUUGGUACAGCAGCCACACGAUUUUUUCGAGCGAUCCGGUGACAAUUUAAUCAUUGUGCACACAAUCACAUUGACCGAAGCCCUAUGCGGCUUCCAAUUUCCGAUUAAACAUUUGGAUGGUCGGAAUUUGGUGCUGAAAUGUGCUCCGGGCGAUGUGAUCAAGAAGGAUACAAUUAAAGCAGUAAAAGGCGAAGGAAUGCCCAUUCAUCGAAACCCAUUCGAAAAGGGCAAUCUCUAUAUUCGGUUCAACAUUGAAUAUCCGGCCAAAUACGAAAUGAAACCCAAUCAACUGAAGCGGAUCGAAGAGUUGCUCGGGCCACGACCUCCAUUUGUGAUGCCAACCGGCGAAAAUGUCGAAGAAGUGAAUUGGCAUGAAUACGAUCCAGACCACGACACGGACAAUCGACAAGAUGCCUACGACAGUGAUGACGAUGGCCAUCCUGGACGAGGUGCCGGCGUUCAAUGUCAAACUCAGUAAACUUAACGGGAUGAGAAAGUUUUUUUUUUGCCAAAAGAAAAAGUUUUCUACAGAAUGGAACCGAUUUUUUUUUUCAAUUCACUUAUCUUCUAUCAUAAAAACAAAAACAACAAGAAAAAAAACACUUAGUUAAUUGUCUCUUUGAGAGCUUUGCCCCAGAGAUAACAAAUAAAUCUAUAAUUAUAUUUCAUAUAACCAACUCUCGCAUAUAAACACGGAAUGAAUAAAAAAAUUAGAUAUUCACAAUAAAUGAAAAUAAAACAAAUUUUACAAAAAAAAAAAA